GAGGGAGAUAGAGAGAGAGUUUGCCCCACAUCUUCAUCGCUGUAACUACCCUCCACUGGUGGAGACAGUCAGUGAUGGAGCUGUCUGCAGGCGACAAACCACGGAGCCGCAGCUGAUUCUCAAAAAUCUAUCGACACUGAAGCAGGAGAUGAUGAUCAGUUUUCCUUCGGGGAAAAACCCAAAGUGAAACUACAAACGAAGUAUAAAAAGGAAGAAAAAAAAAAAAACAUCCUCAUUCGCCGUGUGGACCCAAACUUCUCAAGAAACCAUUUUACAGAUUCUCCUGCUGCGAGCGUGUGCGUCUGAUUGGGACCUGGUGUGUGUCAGGGGGCUAUGGUGAGGCGAUGUGCACAGGAUGGUGUGAGGAGAGAUGUACCAGCGUCAGUGGAGGGAGAGCUAAAGGACCGGAUCUUCAUUCAUGGCUGUGGGUGUCGCUUUUGUUCUCGGCUCUGUGGGGUCAAGCGUCCCUGCAGUGCCCAGACAGCUGCCACUGUGCCUGGGACACGGCCACGGUUCUGUGCUCGGACGCCGGGCUGCGGGAGAUCCCAGAGGGGAUCCCGCCAGAAACCGUCUCCCUCCACCUGGAACGCAACUACAUCCGGAACAUCCCCGAGAGUGCCUUCAGCGAUCUGGUCCACCUGCGGGACCUGUACCUGUCCCACAACCGCAUCGACUCGCUGGCCUCGGGGGCCCUGCGGCACCUGGGCCCCGAGCUGCGCCUGCUGGACCUGUCGCACAACCAGCUGAGGCAGGCCAACAGGGAGGAGUUCGGCUCCACUCGGGCAAAGACGCGCCUCUACCACAACCCCUGGCACUGUGAUUGUGCCCUCCAGGAGCUGAUGGAGACCCUGAACCUGGAGCCCGAGACGGUGAACGGGAUUAUCUGUGAGAGCUCUGUGCGGGGGGUGGGCGAGGGCAGCAGGUGGGAGGACCCGGGGUCACAGGGCGAACACGCAGGCCAGCCGCUGGUCAAACUGCUGGAUUCUGGCGUGAACUUCUGCAGCCUGCAGAGGAAGACCACAGAUGUAGCCAUGCUGGUGACCAUGUUCGUGUGGUUCUUCAUGGUCAUCGUGUACGUAGUGUACUAUGUGAGGCAGAACCAAGCCGAGGCCCGCAGGCAUUUGGAGUACUUGAAGAGUUUACCGAGCCCACGCAAGACCCCGGCUGAGACAGACACGCUAAGCACCGGUUUCUGAACACCUGCUCAAGCUGUAAUCUAAAUGGAAUAAUCAAAUGCCAUUUUUAUGACUUGGAGACACUGCUUGGAGUUACCAUAAACCAGCUGUAGAAGAUAUAGACACAGAGAUAAGGAACCUUUUGCAGCUGUAUGAUAACAAUAUUUCUUUAUAUUUGUUACUGAGCCCCCCGUAUUUUUCUUAAUAUUUCUUUUCUUAUCAUAUUUUUUCUCAUUUUAAUGAAAAAUAAGAAGUACUUGCUUACUCAUCCUACCAUCUGCACUGAGGGAAACGAGAAGAAACUGAAAAGUGUAAAAAAAAAAAAAAAAUUUGUAGCUGAAAGAAAGAUUAAAUAGGAGCGUCAGAAAAGACAGACAUUCUUUGAACUUAAUAACCUUUCAUCUCCCUUGUUGUCCCUCUUUUCUUUUCUUCUCCCAUCAUGCCUCAUGCUGUGCUCUUUUAUCUUUCAUUAAGCUCCAAUUAGGAGUCUUUGACCAACUGACCCUUAAUGAACACUUGAAAGGCGCUAAUCAACUGGAGUGUGUUUAUCAGGUCAAAUAGGAGAGUGUGCAAAACUCUAAUGUGUGUCCUCUUCUAAUUGCUUGUUUCAUUUGUGCGUGUAUGUGUGCACGUGGCGUAUUUUCGUGCAUUGUUACGGCAGUUUUUCACUUUGAUAGUCUGACAUUGAUUUUGCACAGAUGCUAUUUAAGCCUUUCCCGAUACACCUUCACCACGCUGGUUGUUUCGGUGCCAGUUGAGAGCUGCUGAUCUAAAUUUACUCUCAGGAAGCCAUUAGAGCUGAAGGUUAACUAUUUUGUCUCCGAGCUGCAGCAACCAGCCCUGAAACAUCCAAACCAUUUAGCAUAAGUACAGCCGACACUGAUUGGUACAGGGAUAACCAAAUUUAGAAAUACGAUAUUACGAUGUAUCCUGAGAGAAGCUUUUUUUUUCAAAUCUCUCGAGUCCUGCUUGUUUGGUCCUCCCACAUAGGCUCCAUCAUAAUUGACUUUUUUUUGUCACGACACUGUUAAAAAAAAGCUUUGAUAAUAAAUGGACUAAUUUUCUCAGAACAUUUAUAAUCCUGUAAUGUGAAAAUUAAUGCCACUGCUGGUGUGUAAACUGUAGGUGUAGUGAAUAUCUAGCUCAGGUUUCUACAUAUAUAUCAAACAAAACCUGACUGGAUUAACAGCAGUUUAUUUUUCAAUUCUACUUGAGUUUAUUGUAGUCAUAUUUACUGGCAUUCCCUGAGGGCAGGGGUUUAAGGUGUGAUUUAGUAUAUAAGUAUUUUUCAUUCCUCAUUGCCACAUUCGUAACUGUAAAAUGCCUCCUUCAGUUUGCUUGUCAACGUCAUUAUAAUGUGUGUUUAGGACAGAUGGACCGCAGGUUGGGGGAUUAUUAGCAGGACACUAAAGCUAAACAUACACAAAAUUAUGUUAAAUUUUUUAAGAUUUUACUUUUUUUUCAUCCCUUUGAAUUAUUGGGUAAUAUUAGGUGAACUAAUGUUUUAAUAAUUAAGCAAAAAAAAAGGGAAAAUUACUUCUGUGUUGCAAAAAUUGACGAUAAGACCCACUAGGUGAAGAAAUUUAUUUUUAAUAUUUUUAGUCUCUUUGGUACAGUUUCCCUAGCACCUUCAUCAAUUCAAAUAAUUUAUUUUUUUACUAAUAGUUUUGGUCCAGAUACCUGACAUACCUUUGCCAUGCUAAAUAGCAAAUAUUAGCAUGUGAUCAUACAAAACUAAGCCGGUCAUGGUAAACAUUAUCCUGCUUAACAUCAGCAUGUUGGCGCAUUCAGCUCCGAGCACUGUUGUGCCUAAUUGCUGUAAAGCCUCACAGAGCUGAUAGCAUGGCUUUGUCUUACUCGUGUAUCUUUAAUAUGUGAUGGAUUAAAGUGUAAAAACUUUUACGUGUUCAUGAUAUAUAAAAAAAUAUAACUGUACCCCCUCUUAUCCAAGAAUUGGGUUGGUAAUGUGAUAAAAGCUGAAGCAGAACCUAGAAUAGGUGGACUUUCUGUGUUCUGUUAUGUGCUAAAUGUGGCGUACGUGCUUUGUAAACUACAGAGAAAGCCUGGUUCAAGUCUGUGUUGUUCACAUGCUGUGAAUUAGAACUAGAGACAGUAGAAGUAUGAGUAGACCCUAUGGAGUAGACUGAUGUUGAUGUUGUUUUGGUCCAUGUGAAACCUGGUCUUGGUCGGUAAACCACAGGCUAAAAGUGGAUGAGAAUAAACAGGUGGACAUUUGUUCUGUGACUUUCUAAACCAAACUGUCUGUGGAUCAACUUGUGAUGCACUGUUGGUGUAACUUUACAUGCUCAGAAUAUUUCCUGAAUGUUAGCUGUUUGUCACAGAUCAUACAUGUGAUGUUCAUAUGCCAGAGUUCAGUUUCCACAAAUGCAUCUAAAACACCCUUUGACUUUUUAAGGUAGUUAUGAUGAUGACCCCAAAACUCAAGAAUCAAACAUAUCCUCUGUGUGUAUUUUUUUCUGUGGAUAUUUCUUUUAUUGGUGAUGUAUUUCUGUCCCAAUGAUUUGUUUUCCGUCCCAUUUAACCAAAAGUGAUUCAAACAAGGGUUAAGUCAUAGAUCGGAAACCAGUACAUUAAAUAAUAAAUGAACUAUCAAAAAGUGAUUCAGGAAAAUAAAACAACAGUAAAUCCAUAUAAAAAAUAAAAAACAUUGCUCUGCUUUGUUCAUAGAAAUGCUUCUACGUUUUAUUGCUACUGAAGGUUGAAAAGGGCAAGAAGAUGAAGAGAAGCAAUAGAAGUACAGGAAGACAUUAUCAAUUCACAGAAUGAGCUGAUCAUGGUUGGCAGUGUUUCCCGUUUCUACUUUACCAUGCAAUAAAACUAAAGGAAAUGAUCGGAAAAACUAUUUUACAUAUAUAGGUACAUGAUAUGAACUUGCACCACCUCCUUCUUCAAUGCUUUUUUUAUCAUCAUUAAUUGAACCACAAUGGCCCCGCAUCCAUCUAUCCAUCCAUCCAUCCAUCCAUCCAUCUAUUCUCCAAAUCUGAGCUGUUUCUCCCCCUCGGAAAGACAUCUGGAUGUCGCCACAAAAAACAUGAAGUGGAAGCAGGGCACAGCAAAAUGUAUAGGUGUGACUUUAUUUGAGGAAACAAACACUGCCCCAGAUAUUUCAACAUGGGGGGAAACAAAACAGAAUAUAAAUAAAAAGCAACUUCAGCCUCUUA